CAGCGUUUCAGGAGAGGAGAAAGCAGAUGUAUGAUCUAGCCAUCGAUAUUCAGACCCACAAUCAUAGAUUAGGUCUUAUCAAUGAACUAGCUUUAUGUAUGGAAGAAAGAAUUCAUGCCGAUGGAUACACUCUUUAUGCAGUUACAGGAAACGGCUCGGAGUUGUUUGAAUACAAGGGCAAUGAAAAGAGUGAGCCUGGGCAGAGACCGACGUGGGCGGUGGCCAAGGGUCAAACGAUCAGCGGCUAUGUGGCCUACUCUGGUCAAGUGGUCAACACAAAAGACCCAACAGGGAAUGAACUUCAUCCCCACGGUGUAGCAGCACAAAGUGUAACAGCCCAUGCUGUAUUGGCUCUUCCAGUUAUCGAGCUUACAGACGAACUUUCAGGAUCCGAAUGUGAGCACCAUAAUCAAGUGGCGGGCGUGUUGGAGUUUUACCGUUCUGAUGCCAAAGCAUUCUCAACAGAGGAUGAGAUGCACGCGGACUCGUAUUUAUUAUGGGGGACGCUAACAGUGCAUUAUGCUCAGUUUGGAAAUGACAAGGACUUUGACAAAAAGCUGUAUGUCGACAUGAUUAGACAACGGAAACAGAAUGAUUUCCUGCUUGCUGUUACAAAAUCAAUCUUCACAGAUAUUGUCAGUAUGGACAGUGUAAUCAUGAAAAUCAUGAACUUUGCUCAGAAAUUAGUAAAUGCAGACAGGGCGUCACUGUUCCUAGUGGACAGCAAGAAGAAUGAACUGUAUGCGAGGAUUUUUGACAUCGGUAAUGGUCUUGGUAACCCCAUGGAUGACAAAGACCAAAAAGAGAUCAGGUUCUCAAUGGCAAAAGGAGUUGCUGGUCAUGUGGCUUCUACGGGGGACAUCCUCAAUAUUCCUGAUGCAUAUCAAGAUGAAAGAUUUAACAGAGAGGUCGAUCUUCAAACUGGUUACGUCACCAAGACCAUCCUGUGUAUGCCUAUCUACAUCAGAGGAAAUGUAAUAGGCGUUGUUCAGAUGGUGAAUAAGAAGAACGGGCUGUUCACUCGGGCAGAUGAGCAAGCGUUUGAGACGUUUGCUGUCUACUGUGGUCUGGCGUUACAUCAUGCUAAGCUGUAUGACAAGAUCCGACGGUCAGAACAGAAGCAUAAGGUCGCUCUAGAAGUACUCAGCUACCAUGCGAUGUGCGUGGAUAACGAGUUCAAAGGUCUCAGGAACAUGCCUCUCCCUGACCCUAUGCCCGACAUAGCAAGAUACGACUUCUCUCCAUGGGGAUUAGAAGAAGAAGCCAAGCCGCUUUAUGUGCUAUGUAUGUUCAAGGAUAUGUUUGAUCUCAACAAUCCACCACCAGGUCAUCCUGAACAUCAACAAAGGUUUGACUACGAUGAGCUCUGUCGAUUCAUCUUAACCGUUCGGAAGAACUACCGUAGAGUGCCCUACCAUAACUGGACCCAUGCCUUCUCAGUUGCUCACAGUGUCUAUACUAUGAUAAAGACUGGCAACGGCCAAGUCUUCAAUCCACUAGAGGCCUUGGCUCUGUUUGUCGCAUGUCUAUGUCAUGACCUUGAUCAUCGAGGCAAGAACAAUGCCUUUAUGGUGAACACUGCAUCACCUUUAGCUUCGGUCUACUCCACCUCAACAAUGGAACACCAUCACUUCAACAUGACCAUCACGAUACUCCAGAAUGAUGGCCACAAUAUCUUCAAGCACUUGUCUUCGGAAGAAUACAAGCAAGUCUUGGGUGACAUCAGACAAGCCAUCCUAGCUACGGACCUGGCUCUCUUCUUCCCAAACAAAGCCAAACUCAAGAAGAUCGUUGAAGAGAAGAAGUUCUCCUGGGACAACCAAGAACACAGGUACGUAAGAGGAAAUGGUGUCAAAUCAUCUGUUAAAGGAAAAUCAAACCCGUGGAUUCUCAGAUAA